CAGGAUUAAAGCUCGAUUCCUGCAGUUUGUCGUCGGCAGAAAUACCGAAAUUUGCCUACAAAUCGCGCCACCUCUUGUAGAGAAGGAGGAUCUUCAAAUUCUGGGAGUAGCCUAAAUGCUCAGCAGCAGACCAAUGACCCAAAACACCAUGUAUUGCUAAGAGGUGGCCGUACUGAAUCAGCUACUGGAUAUUUGUCCACAUGGCCAGCACACAUGAAUUCACAGAUUGCACUACAAGUGCAGAAGACCCAGCCCACGAAUGACAGCAGAUUACAUGGCUCCAGGUAUGAUCAGUCCAGCAAUGUGCCCAAGCCCCGGUUUCUGGAACAACUGGAAGCAUACCUGAGGAAAGAACUUCAUGCCAUUGACAUGAGCAUGCCCAAUUCCCAGGAGCUGAAACUGCAGGCAUAUCAGGAAGUAUUUGAGUAUUUCAUUGAAGACUUCAAGACAUACAAGCCCCUGUUAUCAGCAAUCAAGAAUGAAUAUGAAGUCACCUUGGCCCAAUUGAGAGAGCGAAUCCGUAUGCUGGAACCUUUAAGAGCAAUGCUGGUCACCCUUUCAGAACAAUGUGAUCAAAAAAUAUUGGCAUUAAGGGAGGAAGAGAGGGGUGAGAUGAAUGCCUUGAAGCAGGAGAAAUGCCAGCUGUUGAAAUGCAUUGAACAAAUGAAGGAAGAUAAACAAGCUCUUCAGACCCAAGUGGCUAAGCUACAGGAUGAUCUUGCUGCUCAGUAUCUACUGUACCGAGAAGAAUGUGAUGCCCGCAAGCUGUUAAUCAUGGAGAUUAGUGACUUAAAGCACAUGCAAGAGGAAGUAAAACACUCUCACAGAGAAGAGGAAACUAUGGAGGAUGCAGUCAAGUUGAAGUUAGCUCUGAAAGUCGCCCGGGAGGAUUUGACUCGAUUGCAGGUGGAGCUGAACCAGAUGCGGGCAGAUUAUGGUGAGGUGGUUCCACGCCGGGAUUUCGAAGCACUUGAGAGAGACUACAACAUGGCAAUAAAGAAGACUGAAACUGCAGAGAAAGAUUUUAUGCUAACCAAGCAGGAGCUUGACACAUUACUGGCUGUUCAUAAGCAAGUUCUGCAUGAAAAAGAUCAGUUUAAAGCUGAGCUUGAGCGACUUCAAGGCACUUUAACCCCAAGACCAAACUGGAGCAAAUGCGCAAAUGUCAUUCCUGGCGGUGUCAAACACUGGAGUUCGAUUUCAGAAGGUAGGACAAGUGACCAGUUACUGGACGUGCUGUUGGGCGAGAUUGAAGGAAGGAAAGGCAAAGAGGAGGACUUAUUCAUUGGACUGGGAACAGAAGAGACGGUGCCUGUGUUUUUACGCUUUGAUGGCCAGAUAAGAAAUCUGAAACUGAAGAAACAGGACUUGAUCCAAGUAAUAAAGGAAGUCUGGGAAGAGAAGGUGUCCUCCGACCUCCAGAAGGGCCAAAGGUCUCAGCUUGGGGAUUUUCUCCUAGAAUACCUGCAGCAGCACCAUGCAGACGCAGUAGCUGAAUGGGCCUACAGCAUCUAUGAGAGCUGCCAGAUGUAUAAAGAUGAGGAAUUUAUCAAUCUUUUCUUUAACGUGUUAACCAGGAAGGUUGACGAAAGUGUCUAUCAUGGCCAGAUUCAUCUGCUUACACAUCUGUUGAGGGAAAUGACCAAAAGUGACACUUCAGAGUCUGGUUUUCUUACCCAACAAGAGUUCAGUUUUGUAUUACACAGAGCUUUUCCACUGAAGGAUGAAGAGCGGAUUGAAGAAUUAAUACAAGCUGCACAUUCACAACUUGGAGCUGCAGAAGGCAACAUCAACUACAAACUUUUGUUUUCCCAGGGAGAAGAAGGAAAGCCUGGUCCAUUUCUGAAACUUGUUAGGACUCAAGCCACAGAUGAAAAGCACCAGUUCAUUUCUGAGUUACAGAAGGAGCUGGGAACUUCCACAACUGUGACCGUUUCUGAUUUGAGAAGAGCCUUUAAAUCUGUUGAUCCCUCAGCAGAAGAGCAAAUAGUGGAAGGCUACAUUUCCAUGGCUUUCCAGACAGAACCUGAAAACCUGGAUAAAGCUGGCCCAUUAGAUAUCAGCCUAACCAUAUCAAGACUGUCAGUGGCCGACGUGAAAAGAACAGCCCCUCCGGCCAAACAAGACUAACACUGUAGCAGAGCUGCAGAGGAGUUGUGGAGGGCAC